AAUCUCAGCCGUUCAAUCUCUAACACGUGUCACCAUUCUAUCAACCUUCUAUCUGUCCAAACCCUAACAGCAAAUCCACAUCCCAAUCCCAUUUCCUUUCUCUUUCUCCUCUCAAGCCCGAAACCACGCCGAGACCUCUCAUCGCCGUUGAUCCCCCAAAAUCCAACGGCCAUGGUUGACCCAGACAUCUCCAUCAACGGCGGAGGAACGAUCAUCGACUCCCUCGGGAUCGAGAUCGUCGGCGUCAUGUCCCCCGUCUCCAUUUGCAUGCUCCUCGUCGUCCUCCUCAUCUCCGGCCUCUCUCCGCCGCCAUCCUCCUCCCCUCCGGUCACCGCCGCCACCUUGGUCUAUCUCGAAUCCCCCUCUGAUCCCCCUUCUCAGAAGCUCGUCGGUGCUCUCCUCAACGCCGCCGUCUUCAUCGCCCUCGUCACCAUUGCCACCUUCCUCAUCGUCCUCCUCUACUACUACAAGUUCACCUCGUUCCUCAAGAACUACAUGCGCUUCUCCGCCUUCCUCGUUCUCGCCUCCAUGGGCGGUUCCAUCGCGGCCUCCCUCCUUCGCCGUUUCUCGAUCCCUCUCGACGCCGUUACCUUUCUGCUAUUCCUUUUCAACUUCUCCGCCGUCGGUGUGCUCUCUGUUUUCUCCCCGGCGGUGCCGAUCCUGCUUCGCCAGGCGUAUAUGGUGGUCCUUGGUGUCAUCGUCGCCGCUUGGUUUACGAACCUCCCGGAAUGGACGACUUGGACCUUGCUAUUGGCCCUCGCGAUGUAUGAUCUUGUCGCCGUGCUGACCCCCAAGGGCCCGUUGAAGUUGCUUGUUGAUUUGGCUUCUAGUCGUGAUGAGGAGCUGCCGGCGCUUGUCUACGAGGCCCGCCCCACCAUAUUCCGCUCUCCCAAUCCGCCAGUCGCGGCCGCUCCGUUGUUUGCUUCCUCUAUUGAGCUACAGCCUUUGCCUGAUACGCCGAGUGAUGAAAGAUCGGUCGCUGAUCAUGCUGUUGUUGAGAUUGAACAUGCUUCAGACGAGACAUCGCCGCUGGUGGGCAAUGCUGAUGUUGGUAGAAUGCGGGAGAGUGUUUCUGGUCAACAUUCUUCGGAAAUUGAGAUUCUUGAGACUUCACCAUUGGUUGUCAAUGAGGAUGUUGGAAGACGAACUAAUGGUGCUCAAGGAGGUCAUGCUUCAGGGCCGGAGAUGUUUGAUAUUAUGAGGGGGCUUAGACUAGGACUUGGGGACUUUGUCUUCUAUAGUGUUCUGGUUGGAAGGGCAGCAAUGUAUGAUCUGAUGACUGUGUAUGCCUGUUAUCUUGCCAUCAUUUGUGGACUUGGAUGCACACUGAUUUUAUUGUCAGUGUGUCGGCGUGCAUUGCCGGCGUUGCCGAUCUCAAUCACAUUGGGAGUCGGGUUCUAUUUCUUGACCCGGUUGCUGCUGGAGCCUUUUGUUGUUGGGGCGUCAAGUAAAUUGGUGAUGUUCUGACUGAACUUUGGUUUUAGAUUGGUGAUUUUCUGACUAUCUUUGUUUUUUGUAGUGCUUAUGUUUUCAUACCCGAUGAAAGAUAAAUGAUAUUAUGAAAAGUUAGUUUCAUUGCUCAUAUACUUGCUUUCUCUUUGUUUUUUGUAGUGCUUAUGUUUUCAUACCCGAUGAAAGAUAAAUGAUAUUAUGAAAAUUUAGUUUCUUUGCUCAUACUUGUUUUCUCUUUGUAUUCUCUUCAUCAGUUGGUGAUAAAAGUUUAAACUUUCAAUUAUGGUUUGCUUGCGAAGGACAGAAUUAGCAGGGCUUUGGGUUUAGUGAGGCACACUGUUUUAUGUUGACAACUUCUUCAUUUUUUAUUUAAAUUGCUUAAUGUGCUGCAUAUGGAAUCAGGUUGAAAUAAAUCCACCGAAAUUCCUUUAGUUUUUUUAGUUUCCUUCCAUUUGGUUUAGUGACUUAUUUUGUGGUGCCUCAAAUCUUGGCGCGAUUGAGUUGCUUAUUUUUGCCUGCUUAUCCCUAUCGACGAUACUAUAAUUCACUUUGUCUUGAAAUCAUAUGUACUGAAAUGUUUCCUUCCAUUUGUUUUUACGACUUAUUUUGUGAGGCUCGUCUCUCGACGUGAUCAAGUUGCUUAUUAUUGUCCACUUGCUCAAAUCGAAAAUAUUAUAAUUCACUGUCUUAAAUCAAAUGUACGGAAGGGUUUUCUUCAAUUUGGUUUAUACGGCUUGUUUUCUGAUGCCUCAUCUCUCGACAUGAUCAAGUUGCUUAUUUUUGUCCGCUUAUUCAAAUCGAAGGUUUUCCUUCAAUUUGGUUUAUACGGCUUGUUUUUUGAUGCCUCAUCUUGCUUAUUUUUGUCCGCUUAUUCAAAUUGAAGGGUGGUUUAUACGGCUUGUUUUCUGAUGCCUCAUCUCUUGAUGUGAUUGAGUUGCUUAUUUUUGUCUGCUUAUUCAAAUUGAAGAUAUUAUAAGUCACUUUGUCGUGAAGUCAUACAUGCCGAAGGUGCUUGCAUUCUGUAUCUACCAUGCAUGAUUGUCAAUGACCAGUAACUGAAUUAGUCUUACACGUGUCUUUAUCAAACUCGAGUUUUAUUGGGCAACAAAGCAUCAUAUUUCAUAGUGGAUAGCAAUUUUGUGGCAAGAAAUCUUUAAUUUAAUUGCAUCUGUGAUUUUAUUGAAGUUCUGUGACAUAGUUUGCAAUAUUACCUAAAUCAGUCAGAAGCUUUUUGUAUUAUAUAACCAAGUCCCUGUCUGAUGCAUCAAGCUACAAUCUUUGCUUAGUGCAAUUAUGAGAAUUAAGAUUAACUUGUCAAAAGUUUCUUUCUAUAAUUUUAGUUCAGGACACGUUUGGGUUUGGUACAGUUGGCUCUGGAUUCAAUGGAGCCUGAUUAAUAAUAGCAAAUUCUUCAUGUUAACAGCUGAAAGUUAUUCAUAAAAGUACAGCUAAUUGGCUGUAUUUGGUGUGUUCCCUUCAUAUUAUGGAAAGCAGCUAUCAGAGUUGGUUGUACAAAACAAUUCAAUGAGAAAAAACUAUGCUCUUCACCAGAGAAUGCAGAGCUUCAUGUUUUAACAGUUGGUAGUUCGCUUAAUAUUGUGGAAAGCUAUCAGAGUUGGUUGUACAAAGUAACUCAAUGAGAAAAAUUAUGCUCUUCAUUAGCGAACGCGGAGCUUCAUGUUUUAGUGGUUAGUAGUUCCCUUAAUAAUAAGGAAAGCUAUCAGAGUUGGUUGCACAAAGCAACUCAAUGAGAAAAAUUAUGCUCUUCACUAGAGAAUGCUGACCUUCAUGUUUUACUAGUUAGUAGUUAUUUUAUGUACCAUACAACCCUUUUGUUGUUGUUGUUGUUGUUGUUGUUGUUGUUGUUGUUGUUCAAGGAGGCUUUGGGACUUAGACUUGGAGUAGGUGAAAGCUAAAGAUGCUGUUAUUUUUCAUACAUCUUGCUUCUUUUGCAGCUAUCUUUAAGCAUCAGUAAGCAUGUUGAGUUAAUACAAUUUCUUUAGAAGAUCAAAGACAUUUUUAGCUUGAUAAGUUUUUUAUGGAUGUUGAACAAGCAUGAUUAUCGGUCUUUUUGCAGAGUGUUGUUUCUCUGUGCGCACCUUUUAUUUUACUUUUGGCUAGGUCUGCAUCUAAUGAUUUCUUGAAGCAGUCAGGUUUGUACCCUUGGGAUUGUGCUCAGAAAGGAAAUGAGAGCCAGCAAGCCUGCCAUCCGAAGAAACUGCUGCAAGAAGAAAAUGUAUUUGGUCAACAAUAUCAGCAAGGCAAUGGUUGAUGUAAUAACAAAAGCAAAGGUGAAGGUGAUAUAUUAUUUUGAAGGACAUUUCCUUUCAUAAAUAUGAACUUGUAUUAUGCAGAAGAAGCCACUCUUUUUGCCUGCUCUUAAAAUGAGUCCAUCGAUUGGGUUCAGGAACGUAGAAAACAUUAUGAUAAUCUUGAAUUAGUGUUAUCAUCUUUAGAAGCCUCUGAAGCCUCUGAUAAUUUUAGUAGUCUUGAUGAUUUUACUCUUAGGGCUCUUUAUAACAGACUUGCUGCUCUCCUCAAACUAAACACUGUACGUUGGGCUCAGAGAGCUCGGCUCUUGUGACUUAAGAAUGGUGACUUUAAUAGAGUUUCUUUCAUAAUCAUGCUCAUAUUAGAAAUCAUAAGAAUAAGAUCUCAACCAUUAUAGAUGAUUAUGGAAAUACUCAUUUAGACCAGCAAAGUACAAAGCAUUGUUUUAUCAAUUUUUAUUCUAAUUUGUGGUCUUCUUCUCGUUUUGUUUCUGUUGAUGAUCUCAUUAAAGUUUUUCCUAAUGACCGUAAAACUCUUAAUAAUAGUGAUAGGGCCAUCUUAAUCAGAUCUGUGACUUUAGAUUAGAUUUAUUGCACUAUCAAAUCCAUGCCAAAAGGUAAAAGUCCAGGACUGGAUGGCUUGAAUAUUGACUUUACUUAUUUUAUUGGGAGAUUAAGCUAUAACUUUUUUUUUUUCAAACUGCUUCUAUGCCUAAUUCACGGGGUAAAACAUACAUUGCUCUGAUCUUUAAGAUUGUACUAAUCAUGUGACAUAGUUUAGACCUAUUUCUCUUUGCAAUGUGUGUUACAAAAUUAUCUCUAAAAUUCUUUUGAAUUGUGUAAAAUGUGUUAUUCGUAGCUUCAUUAGACCUGAACAGAAUGAUUUUCUAGCUAGUUGAUCUGGUUUUGAUAACAUUAUUGUUGUGCAAGAGAUUGUGCAUUCUUUAGAGUAUGAUGCCCACAACCAUUGUAGGAUGUUACUUAAAGUAGACAUGGGAAAUGCUUAUGAUGUAUUAGAGUGGAAGGUUGUUCUUGCUAUUCUUAAGUUAAUGAAAUUUCUUGACAUUUGGAUUUCUUUGAUCCAUACCUGUAUUACCUCACUAGUUUUUCUUUCAUUGUUAAUGGUCAACCUUCAACUUGGAUAAAACAUAAUAGAGGAGUGAGGCAAGGAGACCCCAUUUCCCCCUUUCUUUUCUUGUUGAUUUCUCAAAAUCUUUCUGGUCUUCUCAAUUAUGCACUGAGGUUGGACAUGGUGUCUGGCUUUAACAGUAGAUUAAGCAUGGAUUUUAAUCAUCUUCUGUUUACGAAUGAUCCUAUUAGUAUCAUCAUUAUUAUCAAUAGAGCCUCCUGGGUAGCUGCAAGGCAUUGCGAGCUAUGCCUGGGAUAUCUACAAAGAUUUUACAGGCCAAAGACCAAACCUUGAUAAAUCUACUAUCUGUCCCCUCUUGGUGCAAUAGGAAGGUUGCCGCCUCCAUUAAAUCUAUCCAUUUUAUUAAUUUUGGCAGCUUUCCAUUUAGAUAUCUUGGUGUUUUGAUUUCUCCGAAGAGGCUGAUUACUAACCAAUGCCAGCCAAUACCUUGUAGAUGGAGCCCUUUGUUGCUCUCACUCUUGAAAUCACUCUGCUAUUUCUACAGCUGGUCGGGCUGUUUUAAUUAACAGCUCCAUUCUUUCAAUCCCAACCUAUCUUUUGUCAUGUUACCCUGUUCCUGAAAACAUGUUGGAUAAGAUAUCAAAAAUUGCCAGAAAUUUUCUUUGGAGUAGCGCUAGCAAUAGUAGCAGCUUCCACGCUAUGGGUUGGAGCACUGCUACACUUGCAAAAAAUGAGAAUGGCUUGGGCAUCAGGGAUCUUUCGACAUGCUAGGAUAGCUUUGAUGGCUUGAAAUGUCUUUGCUCUGCUAAAUUCUGAGAACAAACUUCGGGUGCACAUUCUUAAUCUCAAAUAUGGUAAGUUUGAUAUUUGGUCCAGCUAUAAUUUUGUGAAUGUCUCCUAGUUUUAUAAAAUACUCUGUGGAACUGCUCAUAAUUUCAGAUCCAAUUUGUGGAUCAAUGUUUGCAAUCCUAGUGCUUCUAGUUUCUGGAAAGAUCCCUGGGUGUUUGAUAUUCCUUUGAUCCUUACACCUACCUACAUUAAUAUGGAUUUAGACCUUGAGUCUUUUAAGUAUUUCAGAUUUUAUCCUGGGAAGUGCUUUGAAAUCUGAGGAUCUGAAGAUGUUUCUUGGGAAUCAUUUGGAUUGGAAUACAACGGAUAGAAUGAUGUUUGAUUCCUCCUGGUUCCAACCACUGGAUUUGGUUGCCUAAUGUGUCUUGAGUGAAGCGUGGUCUAUAGCCACUUAAACUAGGAUUCUUUGUCUGUAAUGGUAAUUGGAUGAGCUGGCACAUUUUGUGGAGACUUUGUGUGGCUCCACGUGUGAAAACAUUCAUGUCGAGGGUACGUCACCAUCGUACUCCAACAUUCAACUUCCUGUAUAAACUUAAUAUGGGCCUCAAAUGUUGUGUCCCUUUUGUGAAAUGGAUUGGGAAACCACUAAUCAUAGUAUUUGGAGAUGCAGGAAGAGCAAGCAAAGUUGGACACUUGUUGAAAAUUUUGCAGGUAUAAAGCUAGGCAAAACUGAGGAUUUUUCUGAACGUCAAUGGAUAGCCAGAUGUAACCUGGUGUUUAAUAAGAAGAAGCCGGUCUUCCAACAAAUGUUUCAUUAAUCUGUCGAGUAUGUUCAGGAAUACUCACAUUGAAUCAGAGACAAUAUCAGGGAAUUGAUUCCUUCCUUUCACUUUAAAUAUAGUAUAUGAGUUUUUACUGAUGCAUCUUGGAUUGACAACCAAUCCUCUUGUGGUCUUGAAUUUGUUAUUAUUGCUUCUAAUAAUGAAAUUGUUUUGGCAGGGGCUACGUCAAUGAUCAUUGAAUUGAGUUUGCAUGCAGAAAUUGCUGCACUUAGAGUUGCGUAGGAGCAAUGCAAGAGAAGGAACUUGAGACUGGAGAAGGUUUUCUGCAAUUGUACUGCAUGGAUAUGAUCAAUAUUAAUGGUCCAUAUACUGCUUGGAGGUUUGAAAGGGAGUUAAGCAAUGUCAAAUAUCUCUUAAAGUGGAAUCCGGCUAUGACAAUUGAAUAUAUUUUCGUGGAUCUUAAUGGAGUGGCUGAUGUUUUAGCCAAUCAUGGACGGCAAAAUCCAGGAAUUGCUUUCUUUCACAAGUGCCCUAAUAUCUGUAUCUGGCUGUUGGAGGCUGCACAGAAUUAUGGUUUUAUGAACCUUUAUCUUUGUUACUUGUGAUUUUUUUUAAGGCAUAUGGAUUUAAUCUGUAAGAAUUUGUGGAGGAAACUAUGAGAAACAUGAUUUGUCUUGAGAUACCAAGAUUUGCCAUUAAAAAGAAUGACUGCUAUCAAGAGAUGAA